AUGGCCCUGGGUGUAGACACUCAACUUCAGGGUGAAGGGCUUACCCAGGGAAGUGGCCGAGCGUCCUGUGGGUGCUGGGGCCUCUCCCAGCUCUGCCCUGCCCUGGCCUCUCCCUCUCCAGAGUUUUACGUGUACCAGAGAAGGAGCAACUGCUUUGAGUUCAAUGGGACACACCGCUUCUUGGAGCAAUACGCUUACAACAGAGAAGUGUACAUCCGGUUUGACAGUGCCGUGGGGGUGUUUGUGGCUGUGACUGAGCUCGGGCGCAUAACUGCCAAGAACUGGAACAUCCAGAGAGAGUUCCUGGAGCUGAGAAAGAGUGCCGUGGACACAGCGUGCAGACACAACUACGAGUUGGACAAGGGUUUCACGCUGAAGCGCAGAGUCCAGCCGAAAGUGAACGUCUCCCCCUCCAAGAAGGGGCUCCUGCAGCACCACAACCUGCUUGUCUGCCACGUGACAGAUUUCUAUCCAGGAGACAUUCAAGUCUGCUGGUUCCUAAACGGACAGGAGGAAACAGCUGGGGUUGUGUCCACCACCCCGAUCCAUAAUGGAGACUGGACCUUCCAGAUCCUGGUGAUGCUGGAAAUGACCCCCCAGCAGGGAGACGUCUACAUCUGCCAAGUGGAACACCCCAGCUUGGACAGUCCUGUCACUGUAGAGUGGAGGGUGCAGUCAGCUUCAGCCAGGAGCAAGAUGCUGACUGGAGUUGGGGGCUUUGUGCUGGGGCUCACUGCCCUCAUGCUGAGCUUCACUCUCCAUUUCAAAGGCCAACGAGUUCAGGCUAACCAGCUCCUCAGCCAAUAG